UCUGCAAACCCACGGCGUCCCGUCUCCAAGAAUCUCCCUUUUUGUCAGAAAUCCUCUGGUUUUUGUUCUUAUUCCUACCGUCCACUCGUGCCUCGGAAUGCUGUCCGCCCUGAGGUCCACAAGCGGAUCGACUAUUUGAAAUCAAAGUUGGAGGAACAAGGUAUUCGGUGUGGUAAUGGCAAGCCCGGGAAGUAUUGGGGAAAGUUAUGCCCAAAGUGUCAAGGAGGAAGUUCCAAGGAGAGGCUCUUUUCUUUUUUCAUCAGUGCUGAUGGGUAAGUUUCCUAUCUUUGAUCUUAAUCACUAAAGCAGGCAUCCUUAAUUUUUUUACCUUUCACUCUUCCUGUUUUAUAUCUGGCUUUCUAUUUUCUUGGCAUUCCUUCUUAAUCUUGUAGAGAGUUGGCAAGUUGGAUGUGUUUUAGAGUUCCAUGUGGAUGGAGAGGUUCCGUACGGGUAUUAUCAUUUUUCAGCAAAUACAUAUAUGACUACCACCAUCAAGCAUUGCAAUUGGAACUCCACUUUUUGGCUGUUGUCUGUCACUGUUUAUUUGCAGGCUUUUGAGGAGUGCAAGAUAGGCUAUGCCAAAACAAGACAAACUUUGAAACUUAAUGAUUACAGAGUAAUCACUGAAAUUGAUCUUCAGCUAGAGCCAUUAUGUACAGAGCUUAUUGCAUACUUCGCAGAAAGAUCGAUAUCAGCAAAAACUCUUGAACGAAAUGGCAUCAUGCAGUGUAAACAUGAUGAUCAGAUCGUUAUUGCUUUUACUUACAGGAGAAAUGCAGCUCUAGUAAGCUGCAAAUACCUUGCAUCCUCCAAAGAAUGUUGGCAGGAAACGGGCACGGAACAUAUUUUUUAUGGACUUGAUGACAUAAAGCAAGCUAGCGAUGUUAUAAUUGUCGAAGGUGAAAUAGAUAAGCUCUCUAUGGAGGAGGCUGGUUUCCCCAAUUGUAUUAGCGUACCUUAUGGACUACCUGCACAAUCCUCCAAAGAUCUACCUGCUGAGGAUGAGGACACCAAGUUCCAGUACUUGUGGAACUGCAUAGAGUACCUAGAAAAGGCAUCUCGGAUAAUAUUAGCAACAGAUGCAGAUGGCGAUGGUCAAGCUUUAGCAGAUGAAUUAGCACGUCGCCUUGGUAAAGAAAGGUGCUGGAGGGUGAAGUGGCCGAAGAAAAAUGCUACUGAACUUUGCAAAGAUGCUAAUGAGGUUUUGAUGUAUAUUGGACCAGAUGAACUGAGGGAUGUUAUUGAGAAUGCUGAAUUGUGUCCUAUAAUGGGCCUAUCUCACUUCAGUAAUUUCUUCAAUGAAGUUGAUGAAUAUUAUCACCGGAGUCUUGGAUUUGAGCUUGUUUCGACUGGUUGGAGAGCUUUAGAUGAAUUAUACAAUGUAGUGCCUGGAGAGUUGACUGUGAUAACAGGUGUUCCUAAUUCAGGCAAAAGCGAGUGGAUUGAUGCCCUGUUAUGUAAUAUCAAUGAAGCCCGUAAAUGGAAAUUUUUACUCUGCUCUAUGGAAAACAAGGUUCGGGAUCAUGCAAGGAAGCUUUUGGAGAAGUACAUAAAUAAACCAUUCAUUAAUUCAAGAUAUGGUGAAUCUACUGAGCGAAUGAGCGUGCAGGAAUUAGAACAAGGAAAGAAAUGGCUUAAUGAUACAUUUUAUCUAAUUCGGUGUGAGGAUGACUCCCUUCCAUCUAUCGAUUGGGUACUUGAACUUGCCAAGUCUGCAGUUGUUCGAUAUGGCAUCCGUGGACUUGUUAUUGAUCCAUACAACGAACUUGAUCACCAACGUUCUUCAAAACUAACAGAAACGCAGUAUGUGAGCCAUAUGCUUACUAAGAUCAAGCGCUUUGCUCAGCACCACGCUUGUCAUGUAUGGUUUGUGGCACAUCCAAGACAGCUACAAAACUGGAGGGGUUAUCCCCCUAAUCUGUACGAUAUUAGUGGAAGUGCACAUUUUAUAAAUAAAUGUGACAAUGGAAUUGUCAUUCAUCGAAAUCGGAAUGCAAAUGCUGGCCCCCUUGAUCGUGUUCAGGUUUGUGUGCGGAAGGUGCGAAACAAGGUCGCUGGGAGAAUCGGAGAUGCUUUCCUCUCUUAUAAUAAAACCACAGGAAAAUUCGAGGAUUGGCAUGAUGGGGCUAGAACAUUUAGGAAGCAACGAAGAUGAGUUUUCUCUGUGAUACUGCAUUCAUACACAGAAUUCAGAUGUUCUAGUUUUGAGGUCCAUGCUGUAGCUAGAGCGCUAGAACGGAGAACAGUUUCGGAGCCCCAGUCAACCGUUGUGGGCUGUUCACUGUUUUUGGACGGGCAGUCGAGGCGUGGUCUACUUGUUCAGCCGUAAAAUAUUUUGUGGCUGUCCUCCGUUUGGAAGAUGAAACCCUGUUGUUUGGCGCAUUAAAUUACAUGUGUUCUCAUAGGUAGGUGAAACGUUUGCUGAUAUAGAGAGUUCAAUGUUACAUGACAGCUUCCGAGUCUUAUGAAAUGUACAGGUGAAACUGAGAGAUAUCCACAUAUUAGGUUAUGAAGAAAGCCUACAUGCAAGGUAUUAUUGUAUUUGAUGAACGCUUAAUGUGAUUGCCUCGUGUCGUGGUCCUUCGACAUCUCA